CAUUUUUGGUACUAAUAUUGGAUAUAUAUUUGUAGACAAAAAGCAGUAGAUAUUUGCCGUUUGUUCCCGCAUAAAUAGUCGAACGAGAAGAAAAACAAGGACGAAACGCAAAUUGCAAAUCGCCGAGGAAAGAGGAUUUCACUGAAAACGAUGAAUAGCGUGUUCUCCGUUGACGAUUUCUCCGACCCUUUUUGGGCGGCUUCUGCUACAGGCGCUGCUGCGGGGAUGAGCCGGAGCCAAUCGGAGUGGGCGUUAGAGAAGUUUCUAGAAGAAUUUUCUGGUGCUGGUGCGGCGAUCCAGGGGUCACGUGCGGGUGAGAAUGUGAUUGGUACGUCUUUGGCGGUACCUCAAGCGCCGGUUUCGAAAUCUGAAAAUGGCGACGGGGAUGGUGGCGCGGUGGAGGUAAAAAAGCCUAAUAAUCUUAAUCCUCCGCCGUCCGAUUCGACACCGACGGUACCGAUUGACGCGGAUGAGUACCGCGCGAUCCUUAAGAACAAGCUCCAUCAAGCCUGCGCUGCUGUUGCUCUCUCUCGUGCGUCGGCUGUGAAGGCAGAAGGUUCGUCUGCGCAAGCUGAAAAUCAAGCGCUUCAGUCGGGAUCCGAUGUUCAAGGUUCCUCAAAGACACAGGAACAGGGUGAACCUGAUGCUGGUAUUUCGGCUGUUUCAACUACACAAAAAAAACCAGGGACACAGAUGAGGCAAGCCACAAGUGGGUCAUCAAGAGAAGAUUCAGAUGAUGGUGAACUUGAAGGAGAUACUGAAACCACUGAAAACAUGGAUCCAGCUGAUGCAAAGCGUGCUAGGAGAAUGCGGUCAAAUCGAGAAUCAGCCAGACGCUCUAGAAGAAGAAAGCAAGCACAAAUGAAUGAACUUGAAACACAGGUUGGUCAAUUAAGAGCUGAGCAUUCCUCAUUACUUAAGCGUCUAACUGACACGAAUCACAAGUAUGAUGAAGCUGCCGUUGACAAUAGAAUUCUGAAGGCUGAUAUUGAGACAUUAAGAGCAAAGGUCAAAAUGGCUGAAGAAACAGUUAAGCGGGUGACUGGCAUUAACCCCGUUCUUCUAUCUAGGCCCAGUGUACCUACUGUACCCGUGCCUUUUGUUAGCAGCCCAUUGGAAUCAUCCACAGGUUCCGUGCCAUUGCCGCCGGACACUAAUAAGUUAUUUCACCAACCAGUUCCUAACAUUGCUGCUCCCAUCCAUCACCCGAGACUAGACAACAGUUUCACAGGCAACAACCUGGUUACUCCUAUCGUGAAUCCACAAACCGAAAUAGGAGUGGAAAAUGUUAACGAAACAUCUGCAUUGCAGCAUACGCCGAGAGGCGUGCAAAAGCAGAUUGGCCCUGGUGUGAGUCCAUGCGUACCCAUGCCUGGCUGGGAACCUGGACUACCCCAUGGGGCUGCCACGAACAACAAGCAAAGCUAAAUAUUAGCUUUAGCUGUUGGUACGAACUAUUGGUUGAAAUCUAUUCAUGUGCAUUGAUCAUUCUCACGUGCAUUUUUGUAUUUAAGAUCUUCAUUCAGCGUUGACCGUCAUUAUCUGUCAUCAUAUAACAUUGACUGCAUAUCUGGUUCAUUUAGUAAAAAAAAAAAACUUAGAAACGGUAAAUAAUUCUGCAUGAAAUUCGUAUGAACUUCACAUGUGGUGCUCAAGGAGCCAAAUCUGGCUGUUAAAAAGGUGUACCAUUGAGAAUGGCUGCUCGAUUUUUGACAGCAAUUGUCCAUGCUUAGAAACACCCAUGGGUACGUGAAAUCAUGCAGUUAAAUGUUCAUCAACAAUUAACUUUGAUUACGGGCGUAAUUAAGCCAAGCCAAUUCGGAAUAUUGUCGAGCUUGAGCUUGACUUGAAA